GAGGCCUUGCCACAUGUUGACAGGGACGGACGACGGUGCCCGGACGGGCCCAAAAUCAGCAUCAAGACCAAGUUUUCAUCAUGUUCGGUGUGGGACCUCAGGCUCUUCCGGGCAUGGGCCCUGCUACCCUGAUGCUACCUCGCCAGCCAUGCGCUCCGCCGACGACGAGGUUUGGGUACACUGAUCUGUGUGGCAGCAUGUGCCAGAUUGCGUCCCAACCUCAUCCCCCAUCCGUCAUGUGCAUGCUGCCUCUGUCGAUAUAUUGGACUCGAUCUCUGCACGAUCGAUGCUCGCUUCCCCAUUGUGUAACUGACUCCUGGGUCCAUCUCCGGCUGAGCGUUCUUGUGAUUUGGAUCUUAUAUUCCCUGUCAACCUGAGACGAGUUGAUUGCCCCGUCAAGCCAGCGUGAAUCCUUACGUUCACAAUAUCCAGGGUCUUGGUCCUGUCCGGUCGGAAUAUCAGUCCGCCCCCAUAUAGAGGCUUUGAGGCCGCGCACGCUUGCAACCAGGUCCGGGUUCGACGCGAAAAAAUAUUCUGUUCUUGUUCUUGUUUCAAAAGCCGAUAUCCCACGCCUCUACGACCAUCUGCUUCAAAUACCCCUCUCAACUUGACAUUUUCCAUCCUCCACCACAAGAACCUGCUUGAUAAUUACGCACAUAGGCACAGACCAUCGCCACCAUGACGGGGUCCAGCUCCAUGACGCCAGCAAUGUUCGCUGCGAGACUUCGCGUGAACCAGCAACAGCUUCGGUACUUUGCCGCAGGCAUAUGUGCUCUGAUGGGACUCUUCAUCGUCUUUCAUUGGAUCCGGUAUAUUUUCCACGAGGCAAACUCGAAAGCAAGGUCCAACUCUGGCGUCACGUACCCGUUCAGGUUGUUCACAAGGAGUGUCAGAAACAUCCUCGUUCGAAAGAUCCCUGGCUUCACGUCGAGUGGCCAUGCCCUCCUGUUCGCGGCAUAUUUGUCAAUUAACUUGGCAGCCACUUUGACCAACGUUACCCUGGUGUACUCGAGCCUCGCCAAUAGAUGCGGAUGGGUCCUUUCGGCAAAUUUCGCCGUCGUGGUCUUCUUGGCCCUCAAGAACACACCGCUGGCCUUCCUCUCCGCCUACUCGUACGAGCGCCUGAACGGUCUGCAUCAGAUCGCCGGAUACACAUCCUUUGUCUACUUGGUGCUCCAUGCAGCCAUGUACUCACAUUACUUCCUCAUAAAUGACCGUGCCGAGAUGCUGGAGACAAAAACUUCCAUUGCAGGCAUCGUGGCUGGAUUUGCCUUCCUCGGUGUGCUCGCCUCCGCUGUCAUUAUUCGACGUAUCUGGUACGAGGCCUUCUACGUCUCUCACAUUCUGUUCUUCAUCGUGGCUCUUGUCUGCUCGGCAAUUCACCAGCCAGCACUAGAGGACGGGCUCAUCAUCAUUUUCGCUCUCAUCGCCGCCAUGUGGGGCGCCGACCGCAUUCUUCGCGCCUCGAGGCUAUGGUUCCGCGCUGUCAACAACGAGGCCAUAAUUGAGCCUCUCCCGAAUGGUGGCACCAAGAUCACUUUAACGAAAAGACCUUACGGGGUCGUCCCCGGAAAGCACUGCUUUUUGUGGAUCCCAAAGAUCCGCUUCUUCGAAGCACAUCCCUUCACCGUUGUUGCCAGCGAGCCCAUGGAGUUUGUCGUGAACUCAUAUGAUGGCUUCACUCGUGAUCUCCGCAAGUACGCGUUGGCACAUCCUGGUGCCAGGCUCAAGGCUUCGGUCGAUGGGCCUUAUGGCACUUUCCCGGACCCGAUGGGGUAUGACAAAGUCGUCUUGAUCGCCGGUGGCAGCGGUGCUAGUUUCACCUUCGGCCUCGCUGUCAAUCUACUGGAGAGAAUGGGACCCGAUUCCUCGAAACAUAUCACCUUCAUCUGGGCAGUGAGGGAGCAAGACAAUCUUGCGUGGUUCUCCCAGCACCUCAACACUCUCCGGACCCACGAGCAUUCACCCAAGGUCAACGUUUCGCUGUAUGUCACCGCAGCCCCAGCCAACGAUUCAACAGAACAGCGCCGCGGCUCAGUCCUCAUCAGCGACAUCCGUCACAUGCACCGCCUCGCCACCACCGCCUCCUCAGGCCAAGCCUCCGACAAAAGUCUCACUAGGGAAUCGGAUGAUCACGAGAUGCACGAGAAGGCCCUCGAACAGGGGGUAUUCAUCACCGAGAACAGGGACCGCAACGAAACCACGGCAGACCCAGAGAAGACUUCGGACCAACGAAACCAUCGCCAGCGGAUGCCAAGCGACUCAAGCCUGGCCACUGCGUACAGCGCUUCAGGCUCGUCCACAGCUGACGAGCAUCGCGACGUGCUCAAGCCCGGCCGGCCCGAUACCGCCUCGCUGAUCAGUGAGGCCGUGCAGUCAACACCACAGAACCAGCGUGUGCUGGUCGCGGCAUGCGGGCCCGACGGGCUCAUGCGCGUCGUCAGGGACACGACCGCCAGCCUGAUCAGCGGCCAUGGUCCCGGCGUCGAGCUACACUGCGAGCAGUUCGGGUGGUAACCGUUGCCCCAAAUCCUAGCCCUAGAAUGAAGGGGUGUGUGUGUGUGUGUGUGUGUGUGCACGUCUGCAUGCUUGGGACUCCACUGUUCCCCUGCCAUGCGAUCUUCACCGGUCCGAACGACGCGAUUUGGAGAUGAUUUCGGAGCCGGGGGGGGGUGUGCCUGCACUUUUGGCCGCGGCCCUUUCCACCGUCACACGUCGGACCGAUACCCACAAUCGUCAGUUAUUUGAUACUUCAAAAUUUUCUCUUCUUGUCUUUCUUCCUUUUGUUUCCGGGUGGCUCUGAUUAUGGCGCAGUAUCUUGGGUGUUGUGUCGCUUCGCUCUAAGCCCGCGGACAAUCAUGUUCCGGGCCCUGUUUGGGGCCGCUUGCUUGUCAGGCGGGUCAGGAAAUUCCGGAUGUUCCAGAUGUCGUUCCACAGGUGCAGUGGGUACCCGUCUUAGAUUUCUUUUCUUCUUCUUCUUUCGUUAUGGUCUGGCUUAUGUUUCGGCGGGUUUUCUGGAGAAAGUAUCCGCGGGUGCCCCCGUGCUAGGUUAGACGCUGUAGGUACUUGAGUAGGUACUUAGUCGAAUGAAGUGAGCGAGUUAGGUUAGUGUUUGCGGCUCGGUUUAUCAAAGUACUAAGUACUUUGUCGAUCUCCCGUGCACACCCUGG